AUGGCCAUGCGCCGCAAUUUCGCGUCGGUGUUGCAUCAUGAAAUGAAAAAAUCGGCACAUAUGCCAGCUGCAAGUGAACGGCCGCUUUACAGAAACGCAUUCGACAGGGCCGAUAAUGCAAAGCUUUGGGCACUCGACAAGACAAGGUUCGAGAAGAGAAACUCAGUGGAGUCGCUUUCAGAUCUUAUUACACCGCACGCUCAUGGACAUAAAUUUGCAAACACAGGAGUCACCAAAUACGCACACUAUGUCAACGUCUGGGAACCUGUGUUCCCUAGGACGCCAGAUGUCGCAAAGGGUGAACUCAUCUCCGGUGCAAACUUUACACGUACAAGCGGAUGGCACCUACCAGGAGAACCGGCUAUUGUCUCGGUCGGAAAACUAGCACCAGACAACCAAAGAGCUAUCGGAUAUGCAGAAAACGCCGUAGUACCAGACUCUAUAACUCCUGAUGCGUUCCCGGAUUUCAGAGAAUACAGAUUACCCAAGGGCACUGACAGAAGGGCCGCCAUAUACCUUAUGUCGGCCACUGCAUUGUUCUUCUUCCUUGCACUGGGGAGGUCAAUAGUAUGCAAAGUUAUCCAUUAUUUCUGGAUCGCAAGGGAUAUUGCUGCCAGUGGAUCGGUAGAAGUCAACGUCUCGCAAAUGUUGCCUGGUGACCAGGUAACUGUUAAGUGGAGGUCAAAACCUGUAUUCAUCAAGAGACGCACUCAAGAUGAAAUUGAUCGUUCGAGAAAGGACGAUGAAAUUGUAGACUCAAUGAGGGACCCAGAACUCGACUCAGAUAGGAACGUGAACCCUGAGUGGCUUGUGAACAUAGGAAUUUGUACCCAUCUCGGUUGUGUUCCCACAAAGGGUGGCAACUAUGGUGGAUUCUUCUGCCCCUGCCAUGGGUCACAUUAUGAUGCAUCGGGACGCAUCAGGCAAGGGCCCGCUCCCGCGAAUUUAGAAGUCCCGCCGUAUAAGUUUAUCGACGAAAACACAAUCAAACUAGGCUGA